AUGGCGCCAAAAGGGUCUUUUCUCACUUUGUGCCUGGCCGCGUUGGCGACCUCAGCGUACGCCGCGACGGUUCCGUUCGAGCUUCACUUGACGUGGGAGGAAGGGGCGCCAGAUGGAAACCCAAGAAAGAUGAUUUUCAUGAAUGGCCAAUUUCCGGGGCCGGAGUUGGUGGUGGACGAAGGUGAUGAUGUCGAGAUGAACACGCCCUGGUCCGAUGGCGUUCCAGGACUUUCACAGAAACCAAUUCCGCCAGGGGAAAGCUUUCUUUACCGAUGGACUGCGACAACUUACGGGACUUACUGGUACCACUCCCAUUACAGCAACACAAUGGCCGACGGACUGUACGGCCCCAUUUGGGUCAGGCCAAAACCACAUACUCCAACCCCGUUCCAUUUGAUCUCGAAUGACCCUGCAGAUCUUGAAGCCAUGCAUCGUGCGGAACAUGAUCCCCGCCUUGUCGUGUUAUCGGACUGGGAACACCUGACCUCGGAGGAGUACUUCAAUUUGCAGCUAAUUAGCGGGCUUGAUAUUUUCUGUGUGGACAGCAUUCUGAUUAAUGGAAAAGGAGCAGUCCACUGCCCAUCUGCAGAGGAAAUCGACAGCUACGAAACGCCAUAUCUGAGAGGUGCCAUUGACAAUUUGCCUCUCACGGACAAGGGGUGUUACCCGAAUAUCUACAAAACCCAGGGCAACUAUUCCUAUGAUGAAUCAAAGAUUCCAUGGGGUGUCAAUGAAGGUUGUGUCCCAACUGAAGGUAACAUGGAAGUCAUUGAGGUGGAUCCACGCGAGGGCUGGGCAAGUUUCAAGUUCAUCGGUGCCACGUUCAUGAAGUCUCUUGUUGUCUCCAUCGACGAGCAUCCUAUGUGGAUCUACGAGGUUGAUGGACACUAUAUCGAGCCCCGGCUCGUGCACGACUUCCCCUUGUUCAACGGUGAACGAUACGGUGCGAUGAUCAAGCUUGACAAGAUACCAAAGAACUACACCAUUAGAGUUGCAGACACGAACGGUGAUCAGAUCAUUUCGGGAUAUGCCACAUUGUCGUACAAGGGUGGAAAGGAUUUGGGACCGUCGACACCUUACAUCAACUACGGCGGUCAGAACGUCUCUGCUGACGUGGUACAGUUGAAUACCACGAACCUCCCUCCUUACCCGAAUCUCAAACCAGCUCGCAGCGCAGAUCAGAUUUUCAACCUCACCAUGGGGCGUAUCCAAUCAUCUUGGCAGUGGACCAUGCAGGGCGAACAGCUCUACGAUGUCGAGGCGAACGCGGAUACCCCCAUCUUGUUCGACCUAGACGCAAGGAAGAAUUUGGGCGACAAACUCACCCUCCCCACCAAGAACGGCACCUGGGUCGAUCUGCUGCUGCAGUUGGGUCAGUUCCCAAAGACUCCGAAGAUUCAAGCACCUCACGUGAUCCAUAAGCACUCGAACAAGGCCUUCUGGAUCGGUGCGGGUCCCGGAUUCUUCAACUGGUCCAGUGUCGACGAAGCCAUGGCAUCGCAUCCGGAAUACUUCAACCUGGAAGACCCUAUCUACCGAGACACAUUCGUGACGAAUGGCGCCUUCGGGUCGACGUGGAUGGUAUUACGGUACCAGGUCGUCAAUCCCGGGCCGUUCUUGCUCCACUGUCACAUUGAGACCCACUUGACAGCUGGUAUGGGGGUUGCAUUACUCGACGGAGUGGAUGCUUGGCCCGAAGUCCCACCGGAAUACGACAUCCACAAUGGGAACCAUGGACAUGGUGAUGGCAGGCAUUGA